CCAUCAUUUGCUGCCCACGGUGAAUAGCGGCGCGGCUGCUGCUGCGCACAAACACAGAGACCCACGCGUGCGCUCCCUCCAAUCCACACGUUUUCAGCUCUAUCUCGUUCAUUCCGGUUCCAGUGACCAACCGGGGGUGACAGAACACGGCUCUGUGAACAUCACCAUUCAGCAAUGCCUUAUAACGAGCAUUAGUGGCAGUAGGAGAAAUGUGUGGCUGACAGGUGCUAUGGUCAAGCUGCUGCGCUAGGCUAGGGGCGAAGAAGGCGGAAUGAAAACAGAGGUGGCGGGGCUUUCUCUCCUCAGUCAAGUGGAUUGUUAAAUGUUCCUUUCUCUUCCUUUGACGAACAUGCUUUAUUUUCAGCUGGUGAUCAUGGCGGGGACGGUCAUGCUGGCAUACUACUUCGAGUACACGGACACGUUUAACGUGCACGUCCAAGGGUUCUUCUGCUAUGACAAUGCCUACGCGAAGCCGUACCUCGGACCGGAGGAGUCCAGCGCGAUCCCUCCCGCUCUACUGUAUGCGCUCGUGGCAGGGGUCCCAACACUUGUGAUCAUGAUCUCAGAGACCGUCCUGUUCUUGAUACAAUACUCGUCCAAAGAGCUGGACAGUCAGGAGAAGACCAUGCUGACAGGAGACUGCUGCUACCUCAACCCUCUGGUGCGCAGGACCUUUCGCUUUCUGGGAGUGUACACGUUCGGGCUGUUCACUGUGGACAUCUUUGUAAACGCGGGCCAGGUGGUGACGGGCAACCUGUCCCCCCACUUCCUGACGGUGUGUAAGCCCAACUUCACGGCCCUGGGCUGCCAGCACGCCCUCCGCUACAUCAGCCACCAAGAGGCCUGCACCGGGAACCAGGAGGAUAUCCUGCGUGCACGUAAAACCUUCCCCUCCAAAGAGGCUGCUCUCAGCGUCUACGCAGCUCUCUAUCUUGCGAGUUACAUCACGUGCACGGUGAAAGCCAAAGGGACGCGGCUAGCCAAGCCUGUGCUGUCCCUGGGUCUGAUGUGUCUGGCCUUCCUCACAGGACUCAACAGAGUGGCUGAGUAUCGGAACCACUGGUCUGAUGUCAUCGCUGGCUUCAUCAUAGGACUGGCCAUCGCUACCUUCCUGGUGGUGUGUGUGGUGCAUAACUUCAAAGGCAAGCUGUUGCUCAGUGAAGACCCCCCGCAGGACAACAUGCCUAGUGCUCCCAUGAUGAACAUGUCCAGAGUGGAGAGCCCACUGGAGAAGUACAUCGCCUCGCAGAUCUGGGCAGGAGCGGACAGGGGUUAUAUGGCAGUUGAACCACAUUAUCAAGAAUCACAUCACCUUCGCUGAAGUCACAUGACGUUGAAUCGUCCGUUUUGCAAACCCAUUGGACAUCAACGCUCUUCACCGUCCAAUCAAAAAUGUAAUAGUCGGGGUGCAACGCUAACUCAUUAUGUACGGCUACUGUAUAAGGUCUGUCUGUGUUGUUGUCUUGUCAGUCCCUGUAUCAUAUCCUAUGCCGCAGUCAUGUAAAAACUCCUCAAUAGCCUGAUGGGAAGCUCUUUGCUGUGUUUCUCCAUGUGUUUACUGCAUUUAUUUCAUCUAUUUUUGGACUUAAUCCCUAAAUGAGGAAAAUUGACCUGAUUCAACUUGAAUUAACUCGACUUGUCAUUAUAAGCAGAAAUGCUGACACGCUGUGAUCCAGAUGCCACUUUAUACUGUAGAAGAGAGGACUUCAUCAUGGAAGUGACUGAUACCUUUUUUCCACAAUGUUGGUCAGAUAUGUUCUUAUUCAUUCUGCCAUCGCUUCAUGUAAAUUAUAUUUCAUCAUUGGACUCUAUUUUGUGUACAAUAAGCAUUGUUACAUUAUCAGUAUCCUAAAUAAUGGGAAGCUAGGGAGCAUUAUUUUUCUCAAAUGUAGCCUACUGUAUGUUGUGUUGAAUUUGUAGAUUGAAAAAUGUCCCUGUUGCCACAUACAGGGACAUAUAUUUCAACCCCAGAUUAUGAGAAAUGCAAACCAAUGAUGUUGGUUAGAGUUUGAUUCAUGUUGCUUCACUUUUAUUCAUGUCGCAGUUCCUAAAGCUGAUACGCGUCUCUCUCUCUCUCUCUCUCUCUCUCUCUCUCUCUCUCUCUCUCUCUCUCUCUCUCUCUCUCUCUCUCUUCAGCUCUCUCUCUCUAUUCAGCUCUCUCUCUGGUGUGGAAGGGAUACAGUGAAUGGAGCACAAUGUCGCUAAUCGUUUAGUAAUUACUUUAAGUCUAUUGCUGAUACAUAUGAACGCAUGUGACAGGGAACUGUGUCACUGUCUCACAGGCCAAUAUUGAGAUUUGUUGUGUUAUGGUGAAACGUCAUUGUCUUACUAUGAUUCUCUCAGAUAUUAAUGUAUGUAACUGAGGUUCAACAAUACCACAUCCGUCACUGGUGAAAUUUGAAAAGGGUCUUUCGUCCUAAGACACCUCAGAGUAUGCAGGAAAAGAAAACUGCACUUUGCGAUGCAAGCUGCGAUUCGAUCGACCAACCCCAGUCAAUGCGAAAAUAGUUUUAAGAGGAGCAAUAACAUUCAUUUUCUGACUGUUUUGCCCAUGAGUAGAGAAGAGAAGAGCAUAAUAUUGAUGUCCCCAUUAUGUUGCCCCUGAAAUCUAUAUUUUUGUAAUGAUCACUAAAGCACUGAACUAUCAUGAAGGACACAACAACACAGGAACAUGAUAACAGCAGCACUUUAAAAUCAAGCUUGACUCAGAAACGCAGGCAAGAUGGCCGCCCAUACCGCUGCUGCUUGGAAAAUAUACGUAAUUAUGUCUAGAACAUUCAGGAUUUGUAAAAUCUGCUAACAUGUGCAUUGCAAGACCUAACGGUUAGUGUUAUUAUAUUCAAAUGAUGGAAAAAGUGAACUGUAUAAAAUGUAUACAUACUGUAGGUCAAUAUCCUUCUGUCAGACAUUAUGGCUGUCUAUUUUCUUAUGGUUGUGCACUGUAUGUAUGUGUGUGUUUGUUCACAAAAAGUACAGUACAUGUGUUAAUGGACUAGUAUUACUUUAACAUAGCUAUACCAUGUUAUACAAGUGCACAUGACUAUGUUCUGAUUUUUUUAUACUUUGACUUUAAUAUUUCCUCUAUUUAUGUUGUAUUACAACCUCUACUACAUACUCAGAACUUUUUGUUACACUACAAACUCAUACAUUUAAUUAAACUACAUACUCAUACACUUGGUUACACUACAUACUCAUACAUUUGGUUACACUACAUACUCAUACAUUUGGUUACACUACAUACUCAUACAUUUGGUUACACUACAUACUCAUACAUUUGGUUAAACUAGACUCAUACACUUGGUUACACUAGAUACUCAUACAUUUGGUUACACUACAUACUCAUACAUUUGGUUACACUACAUACUCAUACAUUUGGUUAAACUAGACUCAUACACUUGGUUACACUAGAUACUCAUACAUUUGGUUACACUACAUACUCAUACAUUUGGUUACACUAGAUACUCAUACAUUUGGUUACACUAGAUACUCAUACAUUUGAUUAAACUACAUACUCAUACAUUUGAUUAAACUACACAUUCAUACCUUUUUGUUAAACUACACAUUCAUACCUUUUUGUUAAACUACACAUUCAUACCUUUUUGUUAAACUACAUAUUCAUACCGUUUUGUUAAACUACACAUUCAUACCUUUUUGUUAAACUACAUAUUCAUACCGUUUUGUUAAACUACACAUUCAUACCUUUUUGUUAAACUACACAUUCAUACCUUUUUGUUAAACUACACAUUCAUACCGUUUUGUUAAACUACACAUUCAUACCAUUUUUUCUAAUCUACACAUUCAUACCUUUUUGUUAAACUUUUGGUCCAUAGACAAGACUUUCAUGUAACCUAGCUACUGAUCUUUUUUUUAAAUGACAGGUUUUUCUUCUUGUUCUUCCCUGGUUUGAAGUCAGACUGUUACAUUGUCAUUAUUUAGCAUAGUGAAUCAUUUUGUAUGGAUGUUGUUGAUAUUCUGGUCACCCAGUUGUUUUACCAAACUUCUAUUUCAUUCCUUUGUCUUUUUAUCAUGACCUUUUACACUGUAGACAAAAUUCAAUUUACAGUCUUGGAAUAAAAAAUAAUUAUAUCAAGA